UGGCUCCACUUUAGAGGAAUGCCGCCUCUGUUGCUAACUGUUGGUUUGACCCACUGUUUGCAAGUGGUUUGAAAAAUCCACAGUCGUAUGCUUUGAAGUCUAACAAACUCACUUGCAUUGUUAAAUCCAUGCAUUAUAAUCUAACAAUAUUUGUCUGUUGCAGGAUCAAGGAAUUGAUAUCUCUGACAGUGUUGCUUGGGUUCAUAAGGCAGUCAAGUACAAUGAGUAAAUCCCUAGUUCACUAUGGAGAACAAAAGUCAUGUGCUGUAACUACAGCGAAAAGACUUGCGGAAUUCCUUGGAGAUUCCAUGGUUAAAGACAAAGGACUGCACUGCCAAUAUAUAGUUGCCCCAGAGUCAGAAGCCACUCUAGUGACCGCUGUUCCGGUGGCUGUUUUUGAGACAGAUACUGAAAUUGCAAAGUUCAUUUAUGAAAAUGGCGCAAAGUCUCCACGGAAGCAAAUAUCUGAUUUAUUCUUGAUUGGUCUCACUACAAGCAGCGCCUAAGCUUGGUUAUUCAUAAGAUCAUAACCAUUCCUGGAGCAAUGCAAAAGAUAAUAUAUAUUUCUUUUCUUGUUCCUGUUAAUUAUCUGCACCAUUUUCUGAGAUAUUCAACUCUACAGAUUUCAAAACCCUGUUCCCUGAGUUCUUCCCCUUUCAUAGUUGAGGAGAGAUGGGCCCCUUUGGGAUGCAGAGACUUUCCUGGCUGGUGUUUCAGUCUGGCGCUCCUAUGUGGGAGGUGCACUUUAAGUUAUUGAAUUAAUUUAGCAACAGAGUGUGUUUCCCUGGCCUUUAGCUUCAGCUUGUAAGUCCAUAUGCCGAGUCAAGGCGAUAUUGGCCAAAGCAGUCCUGCUGGUCAUUCUUGUUAGCUAUUGCCUGCCUCGGACUCUUACUGUGGUGCUAUGGUAGCUGCACCAGGUUUCAGUGUUCCAGAUGUCAUUGGAAACAAUUUCUUUUAGUAUAUUGUUUCAAGCAAUGGGCCAUCUAUGUUUUGUAUGGAUUAGAUAGACACACCUUAUGUUAUUUGGACUCAUCUAUUUUUCUUCUGUUAUUCUAGAGCUACUAAUGCAAUUGAGACUAAGCCAAGUAAACCAAGUACAGUACUGAUGGCCAAUCAAUGCUCAUGUUUUCUUCUGUUUCUAUCAGGUUGGCUGCAAGAAAUGUCAGUUACAUGGCAAUGGUGGGAAUCGGCCUACAUUUUUAUUCAAACAAUUGUCCCUCUUUAGAUCACAUUGACAGGCAUGUAUUUUUUCAAAUUUUACUUUUUUCUUGCUUGCUCCAAGUGCUCUGCCUGGCUUUUUUCUUGCAUGGGCUGUUGCUGAUCAUGUUCAACCCUAGAGUUUUCUACCUAAACUCGAAAGCUCCUG